GCCAGCGGCGGCCGUUGCCAGGAGCCCGCGUUGCCGCCGGAGCCCCGUAAUAUGGCGGGGAGGAGGAGGAGAAGGCGGCGGCGCAGCAUUUACUGAGCCUGUGGGCUUCGUGCUCAGGCCGCCGGGGCGCAGGGAGAAGAGAGCGAGAGGGCCGGGGGAGAUCAGGUUCCUACUCUGUGUUGGCACUGGGAGGUGAUGACGUGGUGAGCAAGCCUGAGAAAGUGCUUAUGGAGCUUCCAUUCUGGUGGAAGAAGACAGAAGCCAAGGAAAUAAAGACCAUCUUUUCGCAUAGUGGAUGAUUGUGGGAAGAUGGAGGAAUAUGAGAAGUUCUGUGAGAAAAGUCUUGCCCAAAUACAAAUACAAGAAACAUCUUUAUCUACAGACAACUUUCUGCCUGGUCAGUCUGAAAGCAUCUCACUUAUUCGCUUCCAUGGAGUUGCUGUGCUUUCGCCCCUGCUUAAUAUUGAGAAAAGAAAGGAAAUGCAACAAGAAAAGCAGAAAGCACUUGAUGUAGAAGCAAGAAAGCAGGUUAACAGGAAGAGAGUUCUACUGACUCGUGUCCAGGAGAUUAUUGAAAAUGUUCAGGUUCGAAAAGCACCUCAUGCCUCCGAUUUUGAUUUGUGGGAGACAGAAACAAUUUACUGUCACUCAGACCCUAAAAGCUUGAAUGUACCCAUCGUGUUUCCAACAAGCUUGCCCACAAGCCCCAUUGAAUACUCAACAUCAGUAGAGUUGGAAAAGGCAGCUGGAACUGGGCCAGUGAAUCACGCGGACUGUGGCGAGCCUAAUGGGUUGGACUUAGCGAGGGACACAGAGAUGUCUCAUUCUCUAAGGCAAGGCGAGGGCCCAGCGGUCAGCUGCCCUGAGAAUGAAGCCCCGCUGGAGUCCUCUGCAGGCUACCCAGAGACACUUGUUUCAGGGCGUCCCUGCCCGGCAAUGGAAGAAUCAGAGUUGUCCCUUUCGGAAGAGGGGACUCCGGACCCCUACGUACUAAGUCUGCAGAACCUGAUGAAGAAGUCCAAGGAGUACUUAGAACGAGAACAGUCUAGACGCAGCCUGAGAAGCAGUGGGAAGAAGAGUGACCACGAGAGUCACUCGGACAAAGAGAAUGAGGCUGCUAAAGGGACCGACGUGGAGAAGACAGAGAAGGCUCAGCUAGCGAUGGGCAGACACUGUGGCCCUGUCAUUCCCGACAAACCAAGCCUUAACAAAUCCAAUGUUCUCCUACAGGGGGCGUCUGCCUCUUCAGGCAGCAGGAAUGUGGCUGCCUGGGGGAGCUUGUCGAGAGUGAAUGUCCAAAUGCGAAGUGUCCUUCCCGCCACAGUAGGUCCCCACCCCGAUGGGAAAGCCCUUCCCUCAUUCGUCCCUGAAAAUAAUGUGAUCAGAAGUUUUGCUGGUUCCUUUGCCAAAGUGCCAAGUCCAGAGCCAAGCCUGAGCCCUAAAAUGCAUCCUAGGCGUUGCUGGCCCUCAUCAGCCUGUCAUAUCCUCAUCAAUAAUCCAAUCAACGCCUGUGACCUCAGUCCUAAAGGGAAAGAGCCGGCAGUGGGCUUGGCAGCUCAAGACGCUGAGGAGAAAACCAACAGCCUUGAUACUGUGCCAAAGUUACCAGUGGAUGUGGCAGGGGUUGGUCCACGAAAGAUUCCCAACGACCAAGCUCCCUCAGAAGCUGUCCAGGACAUGGCUGCAGGGAAGACAAGCCAGGUGUGCUCAUCUCCAGGAAGUCCGCUGGAAAACAAAAUCUUGCAUGGACUUACUCUUGGAGAGGGUCAAUCAGCAUCUGACGGGAAGGUCCCCCACAGGGUUGACAGUGCUGGCACUGCAGUGCCAAGACCACACGAGCCAUGCGCUGCCAGCCAGAGUGUGGCAAGUCAGAACGUAGUGGCGGAAGCUGCGGACAGACUCCAGCCGGCUGGCACAUCCGAGAAAAAUUUUGCUAGCACUUUGCAGCUGGAACUGAACAAGUCUUACGAUGUGCACCGCCCCUCUCCAUUACUGAUGCAGAGCCAGAGUGCCCAGCAGCGCCUGGACCCCCACACUUUAUCUGGUGGGAGCGAUCUGUGCAUGGUUACCAGUUUUGAGAAAGUUAAGCGGAAACUGGAUCUAGACAGCGAUGGCGUGCAGAAGGAGAACUGCCCUUAUGUCAUUGCAGCUGGGUUCACGGAGCAGGAAAGACUACCGCUGCCAGAGAAGCGAUUCCCAAGGGGCUCUGUCUACCUGCACAAGAAUAAAAUGCUAGAAAGUCCUUCCAAAGAAGGUGAGGAGAUGCUAAGAAGCAAGAUACUGGCAUUUGAGGAGAUGCGCCAGAGGCUGGAAGAGCAGCAUGCGCAGCAGCUCUCUCUCCUGAUAGCAGAGCAGGAGCGGGAACAGGAGCGACUGCAGAAGGAAAUAGAAGAGCAGGAAAAACUGUUGAAAGAGAAGAAGAUGGUUCUCGAGGAGACCUCGGAGCUGGGCAGUGGGAAGGCGGUGGACGAAUGGAGGAAGAUCAGCGACUCCCAGUUGCUGGAAGUGAUGCUGACUCAGGCUGACUCCCUCCAUAUGCUCAGUUCCAGCAGCUCAGGUUUCACCAGUGCCGCCCUCCAGCACAGCCUGGUUUCUGCGAGUGAAGCACCAUUCUACCUCUGGGGGUCGUCAGCCAGUGGCUUUUCCAAACUCUCCAUCCCACGGCCUUUAGGAAGGGCCAAAGCAAAAUGGUCUCAGGUCUUCAGUGCAGAGGUACAAGCAAAAUUUGACAAAAUAACUGCAGUGGCCAGAGGGUUUCUGACUCGGAGGCUCAUGCAGACAGAUAAGCUGAAACAACUUCGACAGACGGUGAAAGACACUAUGGAAUUCAUCCGGAGCUUUCAGUCAGAAGCACCCCUGAGGAGGGGUGUUGUGUCAGCCCAGGAUGCGUCUCUGCAGGAGAGAGUGUUGGCCCAGCUGCGAGCUGCCCUGUACGGUAUCCACGACAUCUUCUUUGUGAUGGAUGCGGCUGAAAGAAUGUCCAUUCUCCAUCAUGACCGGGAAGUGCGCAAAGAGAAGAUGCUUCGGCAAAUGGAUAAGAUGAAAAGUCCCCGAGUGGCCCUCUCAGCUGCAACACAGAAAUCUCUCGAUCGGAAGAAGUAUAUGAAAGCUGCUGACUUGGGAAUGCCAAAUAAGAGAUUUCUCGUUAAACAAAAUCCUUCUGAAGCAAGAGUUCUUCAGCCAAACCAAGGACAGAACGCACAAGCUCAGAGGCUGCUUAGUAGACAAGGAACCCCUAAGGCAGCAGUGAAGGGGGUUGUGUACAGUAGACAGAAGCCUUCACAGAGCAGAGCACCUGUUCCAGGAGUAUAUGCAGGAAAAAUCCAAAGAAAGCGGCCAAAUGUUGCGACAAUUUAAGAAGACAGCAUUCACUGGGAUAGAAAAGGAAAAAAAAAUAUAUAGGGAGGGUUAGCAGUUAUAUCCCUCCUGCCUAAGAAUGACUUCACCCUGGGCUCUGUUUCUAUGUCAUGUCAUGUCAAAGGGCUGGAUAAUUGGGUCAGUCUGGCUGAUUCUGACCUCAUCUCUCCCCUUUUCUAACUAUUAUAGGCUUGGAUUAAGACAUAUUCAUGUUUGGUAAUCAACUCCCCUCUCUUAAUCUAGAUGAACAUAAGUUUGUUCUGUCUACUCAGCUGUUUGCAGGGAAGCUUUUUUUUUUUUUUUUUUUUUUUUUUUAUAAAUUUUUAAGGGACAUAUGGGCUUAUUUCUAUGAAAUACUGAAAAGGUUGUGUUGAAGGAUCAAUAAGUUCCAGAAUAGAAAUGUCCUUCAUUUUCUGCACAGGGUGAAUUUGAUAAGUCAGAUACUGUUGUAUUCAAGGGGGGCAGGGGAGAGAUUAUGACAGAAGGAUUUUUCUUUCUUUUUGCAUUUGGACCUUUCCAAACUGCUUCCUCUCACUUGCUCAUCAGCAAAGCACUUGCCUUCUAUGCAUGAGGCCUUGGGUUCUACCUCCAGCCCUGCAAAUCUAGCUUUCAGUUCUCUCAGUCUGUGUUUUCUUGGACUUGGUAGAGUUGCUGCAUAGGAGACGCCUGCAGGUCCACAUCCAACUACCAGAGUGGCUGGGAGUCUCCUGAUUCCAAGCACAUACUCCACUCAACACUUGCCUCUUUACAGAAUGUUAGGUUUGUUGUAUAGGUAGGUUGUUACCUACCCAUCCCCACCCCCUGGGCACUUGAAAUUAUUGCUACUAACCUGUAGUCUUUCCUGUGAAGGGUAACAGAGUUGGGAAGACAGCACAACCUGAUUGAAUGUAGUAGCUCCUACGAAGGCUUUAUUCUACCCACUUCUAGAAAUCAAGGGGACCCUCCUGCAUGCAUUUAGAGCUUCCAUUGCUGUAGUUCUCUGUAGUCUCUUGCAUCAUAGUUGGCCUUUGCUAGCAUGCAUGAUUAGGAAAGAUUAAAGGGCUAUCUGAUACAAUGCACUCCUGAUUUUUCACUUUGGGAUAGUAAUACUUAGUGGAAAUUCUGCAUUACUGAUGUCUGAGGAUUCCUGUCACUAACCUGUUCACUUAAAACAAGAACCAAAAAAAAGUUAA